AUUUUCCUGACGAGAAUAUUCCAUUUUCUUCUCUUCUAGUAGUGUUCUCACAAAUUUCUCGAAGCUGCAUAACAAUGGCGAUCCGCAUAUCUCCACCAACAAUCACAUCAUCGUUCUAUCAUCUUUCCUCAAUUUCUCCUUUCCAAUCUCCUCACUCACUAUCACUUCCAUCUAUCUCGUCUCCGACCACCACCACCUCCAUACGUUCCCUAAAUUUACAUCCAACCAGAAAAAAUCCAACUGCUCUUGUCCCAAAAGCUUCUUCCACCGCCGAAUUCUCCCCUGAAAUCGCUGAUGUACUCGGAGAUGUCAACAUCUUCACCGCUUCCGGAGACUCCGUCGCCUUCAAUCAACUCUGGGAUCAAUCUGAGGGCAUUGCUGUUGUUGCUCUUCUAAGGCAUUUUGGAUGCCCUUGCUGCUGGGAACUUGCUUCAACUCUGAAAGAAUCUAUAUCAAGAUUUGAAUCUGCUGGUGUGAAGCUAAUUGCUAUUGGGAUUGGUGAACCUAAGAAAGCCCAAAUCCUUGCUGAAAGACUACCAUUUCCAUUGGAGAGCCUCUAUGCAGAUCCAGAGAGAAAGGCGUAUAAUCUUUUGGGUUUAUAUUAUGGAUUUGGAAGGACGUUUUUCAACCCCGCAAGUGCAAAGGUAUUAUCAAGAUCAAGAUUUGAGGCUCUAAAAAAAGCUGUAAAGAAUUACACGAUUGAAGCAACACCAGAUGAUAGAGGAAGUGUCUUACAACAGGGAGGGAUGUUUGUAUUUAAAGGUAAAGAGCUGUUGUAUGCAUGGAAGGAUGAAGGAACAGGCGAUCAUGCUCCUUUAGAUGACAUCAUCAAUAUAUGCUGUAAAGUACCCGUUGCAUGAAGAACACCAUUCAUUAACACUUGAAUAAAGCACACUAAUUAAUCAUAUUGGAUAAGUUAAACUAAAACUCUAUUUAUAAAAAUGAAAAGUGAUUGUAUAGUUAAGUAA